CCGCCGGAGCGCAGCAUCGCCUCCGGCCAGGAGUGUGCAUGCGUGGGGUGCCGGCCGCGGGGGACCGCCGCGGAAGGGCGGGGCCCCGGGGCGGGCGGCUUUCGGCCCUCGAGGAGCCCCGAGAACAAAAGGAGACGGCGACGGCUCCUCCGUGGUCAAAACAACCUGCGCUGGCGGCGGCCCAAGGUCGGGCCGCCGACUCCGAGCCCUCUGCUUUAACCCCUUCGCCGCCGCUGCCUCCUUCCUGCGCCUGGCAGGAGGCUGCAGGGGCCGACCCCCCCCCGGGAGCCGGCGAGGUGCGGGCGAGGUGGGACUCCUGGCCGCGGCCGGACGCGGGUGGGACGGGACCCAGGCACGCCGCGCUCCCGGCUGCCCUCUCCUCCCCUCUACCGCGCGCGUCCUCCCGCCCCGCCCCCUUUCCCACCUGGAUUCCGGGUAGACUUGCCAACUCACCGCUACGUGAGGCUGGGAGUGGUGGGGACGGCUCCGACCCCAGCGCUCCCGCAGAUGUUUUUACACCCCAUCUCCCUUGCAGCUAGGCUUUUACAGGCGGCGCGCUCCGCACCCCGCAUGCGGGGGAGAGUGGUGCUUCCUCUAGCAGGGCGCGGGCACAGGUACGGCGAGGCCUCAGACACACAGCGCCCCGGGGGCUGGAUUCCUUCAGAGCCCCCAGUUCUUCCCCUAUCCGAGUGCCCGAAACCUACCUGCGCCUCUGUCCCUCCGUCUCUCCCUCUCUAUCUCUCUCUCCCUGUUACCCACCCCCCGAGACACAAGCUGCUUCCACACAGUGCUUUGGGGCCGGGCAUGCCCUGCCCGUGCCGGAGGGCGCCCACCCGGACCCCUACCGGGAGCCAGGGUGGGACCCGAACCCCGCCAGAGAUCGGCGUGGAUGGCACUGGUGGUGCGCAAGCUUGCACCUCCUGGGCAAGCCGGUGGCAGGACAGAGGCUAAGCCGAGGCUGGCGCCGAAGUGGGUUCGGGAGGACGCACUGUCUUCUGUACCCGGGGCGCUACCCCACCCCCUCUUCCCCGGCCGGGAACGGGCUUGUUCUCUGGUUCCCGAGGGGUGGGGGGCAGGGCCACACACACCCUUCCCCGACGCGGAACGGCUUAGGGAGCCAGGUUCGCCCGCCGGUUGGAAAGAAAGCCACCGCUAUUGCCUUCCCUUAGAGCCUGUCACCCGCGGACCUCGCUCCCAGCCCAAGGAGGUCACCCAGCGCCCGGCGUCAGGCUCGCGGGCUGCAAGGGUCCAAAGUUCACUGCAGGGAGAGGAGGGGGCGGUCAGAAGGUGGGGGCGAAGGUAAUGAAUGAAGAACUAGCCCCAGCCGCUGUGGCAACUCACCUCGGCGCUGACCAGACGCAGGUAGCAGCAGAGAGACAGGAAGAGCGCCCAGCAGCGAUUCAUGCCGACUCCGGGCCCGGCCCCGCUGGGCCCCGGA